UAAGACUCUGUGUGGUUUCACUUCAAUUUGGAUCACGUGAAGCACGGCCCCAAAAGAGAAGAGAAGAAACAGGGGACCUUCCUUCGACCACUCUCGCGCCUUGCCUCGUUUCAUCCGAAAAAACAGCAAACGGAGAUGUUCCCGAACAAGAAGCACUCGAAGCGCAGGCCUCGCGCCGCCGCCCAGUCCCCGCCGUCCCCGCCACGCGCCGCCCCCAUCGCCGCCGCCGCCGCAUUGCCUUCGUCUCACCGCCCUUUCACCCCCUCCACCUCCCUCAUCGACCAAGAGCUCGAGACUCUCCAGGACACCUCCUCCUUCCUCUUGCAGAGCCUCCAAAUCUCGCUCGACGAAGCCGCGACGGCCCCACCGAGCCCCAAUCCGAACCCCAGGAGCUUCCCUUACGUCGUGAAGCAGCAGUGCUGGGACAAGGCCGAGAAGGUCAAGGGCCGCGAUCCCGACAGGUGGCGCCGCGACGCCGUCGGGAACAUCGUGUUCCGCAAGCUCGUCGGCUGCCCUGGGUGUCUCUGCCACGAUUACGACCACAUCGUGCCUUACUCUAAGGUGAAACAGAGAGACGUAUCAAGAACACUUCUUUACUUGCGUUGCGUACUGUUCUGGAAGAUAAAUCUGCCCAACGAAGCAACUGCAACUUCAGGGCCACUUUGGUUGUCGUUCAUUCUUCGGACUUCAUUUUCAGUGGAAAAUGUCGGAAGAUGCUUGUGUUGGCCGCCUUUUUUUCCUCCCACGAUUGGAUAUGCCAUUGCUACUUUUUGAUUGCUCGCUAAACUCAUAGAAGCAAAUUUCAUGAAGUGCUCCCCCAUUUAUUUAUUUUUUCGAUUGUAUUUGGAGCAGAAGCUAUGUUGAAUGUGUAGAUUGGAGACUAACCUAGAACUAACUUCAUAUUCUCUUUUAAAACUUAUCCUCACUGAAAAAUGACGUAAUUUUCACUAAUAAGAAACUCUACCCAAUUUUUGUUCUUGAUACUGAGAAUAAUUUCGAGGCACCGGUUUUUGACUGUCACGUGGUCUUUUGUAUGUGUCUGGACCAGAGCGAAGGCUCUAUGUAGUUGCGGUAUGCUUUGUAUUUUGUGGCUGGGAAAAGUAAAAAGGGCUGGUUUCGUGUGUAUUUCUUGGAGGCAGGAUCUUGUCUUUAAUUAUUGUUUGAGGGUUAAGUUAGCUUGAAUUGAGAUGAGGAUGAGUUUUCUGUCAAUUUGAAGGUGGCUUUUAUGGGAGUGGGAGGGUAUUCAGAUUGAGGUGGGGUGGAUCCACAAGCUGAGUGUAGCGUAAAAUGAUGCAUUGGGACACAUAUUUUUCCAAUGUCUGUAUCAAACUUUUGAUCAGUGAAAUUGAACGCGGUUCCACCCUUCAUUAUUUUCUUCCUAAAACCGUGGUAAGAGAGUAAAACUUCUGUAUCAUACUUAAGAGUAAUGUUCAAGGAAUUGGUUCUUUGUUAAACAAAGGUUGGGUGAGUUUCAUUAAACAUAUUGAAAUUUGAAGAUACCAUGUACAUGGAUGGCUCUGUGAUCAGUAAGAAGUCUUGGAAUUUACCCUCUAGUAAAGGAAAGAUCUUGGCAAUGGUUUUUACUACGGCCUUUCUGUCACCUCUCUUAAUUUGUGAUAUUUCCUUUUGCUGAUGUCUUCGUUUGCCAGGAGUUCCGAACCCUUCUCUAUCUCUCAACUUUGAGAAUGUUCACAUUGAUGGGCCUGUAUUAUCUGAAGUAAUGAAACUGUCCUUAUUUUCUGUAAGUUACUUGUGCAGUAUAUGGAUUACCAGUUUGUUCAUGUAGCCACCAGGAUUUUGCGUCUGUUAACUAGUGACUUUGAACUUUUGGCCAAAAGAACAAGUGACUGAAAUGUUUAGUGUAAUAGCCUCCUCCUUGUACAGUAAAGUGCUCCUUUACCUUCUACAUAGUCUCUUUGCAAUCAUGUUUCUACUUUUUUCAUGCAUGUGGUUCAGAUCAUCAAAUGCUGCCUAGGUUUCUUGAUAUUUAAUAUCCUUUGGCAGUUCUAUGGCUAGACUUAUGCUGUUCCUUUUAAAUCAUUUUUGUCUUCGACUUGGGAUUAAU